GAGGAACAGGAGAUUCCGCUCCUAAUGACUUAACUAGUGAUCAUAACUCAUCGAAAAAGGAAUCACGUAACUUUGUUCCAUUGCCGCCUUCCACUCUAUCUAAUAUCCCAAAUGACGUGACAAGCAUGCCAAACGGCCGAACUAAUGUUCUACAAAGGGUGUUAGAGCCUUUCCAGUCCAGUGGUUUCAAUUUUCUUCAUUCAUCAUGUCUGCUUCCUUCUACCCCUCAAUCCGAUAUCACGCUUAUUUCUGGUGGUCGUGCCAAUAGUCAAACCGGCGUCGGUGUGGCCGCCGUGCCUCUGGCUGAUAUCGAUUCAAUAGCCAUCCCAUACCUUCCUAAUGUGCCCGAACACUUUCCCUUACAACUUAAACAAGAUGGUGAUGCGCCCUAUCACGAGACAGACUCUGUCGUUUCCAAUAAUCAGCAAUUAUCCUCUGUGGCAUUGGUAGCAGACCGCGUCACUAACUUACUCCAGAAGCUAUCUGUAAAUCAAGAAGACUCUCGGUCCACGGUCAAUCAUCAAUCAGGCGAAUGGCUUGGAGAUGAUCCCGCCAUUUUGAGUAUUGCCGAAACGGCUGGAAUCGCAAAUAAAACGACAUCUCCUCCGCCCUGCUCAAUGAGUGAUAGUAUGUCACAAUUUAAACGUUCUAAUUCGACAGCCGGUGGCCCUUUCUCCGGAAGAGCAGCAGCCGAUAUAAUCAAGGAUCAUUCCGUUCGAUCUGAUCACCAUGCCCUUGCUGCCUCAAAAAAGACUCUUUCAGAUUGUUUGAUCGCCCUUUCUCCAAUCUCCAAGCCAGACCGUGCUUAUCAGAUUAGC